AUGCACAGACGCUCGUCGGGCUCCCCUGUCGAGGACGAAGAUUCCUCGGUCUCCCGAACCCCAGACGACCAUGGCUCCAACGCCCUUGACGAGAAAUCGCGAUCUCAGAUAGCCCGGCGCGGCACCAGCUUUGACCUCCGUCGCGACGGCAGCGCGACACCGCGCUCCCGGAAUUCGAGCAUGUGGCGCACCCCGUCCUCCCAACCUUCCAACGAUACCAAGACCAUGCCAUUGGGCUCUCCUCGGCUCCCGAUGGAGACUUCCUCCCCCGAAGGUCGUCGCUCGCGACAGUCCCGUCUGCGCAAUCCGUGGUCCUGCUCGAUCCUGACGGCGUUUACGACCUGCGUCGCUGUGGCGAUUUUGAUCUCCAUUGUCCAUUCUUUCACCGAUCGGCACGUCGGCGGUGAUGGUUGCGGUGUGCCGAUGAUGAGUCCGACCUUUAUUCGCAUGUUGGAGUUUGAUACGGAACAUACCCGCUUUGCGAGCAAAUACAACCUAUUCGUGUACCGGGAGGAAGGCGUGGAUCCUUACACUCCGGAUAACAUCGGGUUGAAUGGCGUCCCCGUUCUUUUCCUCCCCGGUAACGCCGGCAGCUACCGACAGGUCCGGUCUCUGGCCGCCGAGGCCUCGCGCCAUUACUACGAUGUGGUUCGACACGAUGAGAGCAGACAUGCGGCCGGAACGCGGAGCUUGGAUUUCUUCAUGGUGGACUUCAACGAGGAUAUGGCGGCGUUCCAUGGACAGACUCUGUUGGAUCAGGCGGAAUACGUGAACGAGGCGAUAUCUUACAUUCUAUCACUUUACCACGACCCGCGACGAACGCGCCGAGAUCCUGGCUUACCAGACCCGAGUGCUGUCGUUCUAAUUGGUCACUCCAUGGGUGGAAUCGUGGCUCGAACUGCUCUGACGAUGGCCAACUACCAGGCCAAUUCGGUUAACACGAUCAUCACCAUGUCCGCGCCACACGCAAAACCACCUGUCUCAUUUGACUCCGAUAUUGUCCACACCUACAAACAAAUCAACGACUACUGGCGCGACGCCUAUGCGCAGACAUGGGCUAAUAACAACCCCCUGUGGCACGUCACCCUUAUCUCUAUUGCUGGUGGUGCGCGUGAUACGGUAGUUUCCUCCGACUACGCCAGUAUCUCUUCCCUCGUGCCCGAGACACACGGGUUCACCGUCUUCACGUCUUCGAUCCCGAAUGUCUGGAUUGGGAUGGAUCACCUGUCGAUCACUUGGUGUGACCAGUUCCGCAAAGCAAUCAUCAAAUCUCUAUUUGAAAUUGUCGAUGCCCGACGCCCUACACAAACGAAACCACGAGCGGAGCGCAUGCGUGUUCUGAAGAAGUGGUAUUUGACUGGAUUGGAGCCGGUAGCGGAGCGGACUCUACCACAGAAGGAAGCAAACACCCUUCUGACCCUUGAGGAUAAUGCAAACACCAUUCUCGCCCAGGGCCAAAGACUGAUCCUGCGCGAGCUGGGCCUGCAACAUGGUCCGGAUGUGCGUCUUUUGCCGAUUCCUCCUCAGGGUGUCUCCGGUAAGAAGUUCACACUGCUCACGGACCAGACACUCGAGAAGAGUGGAAACAUCGAGGUUCUAUUCUGCAGCGUCUUCCCGCUGUCCAAUGGUCGUUCAACCAACUUCCCAUUGAAUUUGGAUUUCUCUGGUGGCACGGUGGGCUCGACCCGUUUGGCUUGCAAGAGCGCGGCCGAGGACAGCAUUUACCUGCCUGCUUCAACCCUCUCGUCAAAACAUGCCUAUGACCGUGUCUCGCCGUUCUCAUACCUCCAGUAUGACUUGGAGGGUCUUGCGGAACAUCAAUUUGUAGCUGUCGUGGAUAAGGCUAACGUUCCGACUUCGGGAUUCCUUGUCGCCGAGUUCUCGGAUAGCUCUGAUGCGAUGAUUCGGGCUAAGGUGGGCUUGGGCGGCUUGCUGAGUGCCGGUCUGAAGAUGCGGCUACCCGCGAACCGGCCCAUGCUCACAGAGGUCAAGAUACCCGCGCUGCAUUCCAGUCUGCUUGACUACAGGUUGAAGAUUACCCGGCACCCACAGAAAGAGGAGUUGUUUGCUCCGUUGCUUCGGCAGUCUGUCUCCGACCCUCAUGAGUCGAAGUUUUUCGUUAAUGUCAACGAGGUCAACGUAAACCUGCAUGGUAUGGCACCAUACAUGCCGCCAGCGAUUCGCGAGCAGGCUGCUCUUGGAGGCGUGUCUUUCCAUCUGUGGACGGACCCAAGCUCCGAAUCGACAGUCGAUAUCUCUCUUCAAGUUGACCUCACCAGUAGUCUUGGUGAAUUGGUUAUGCGCUAUCGAACCAUCUUCGCUGCGUUCCCGCUGCUUGUCGUUGCUCUCGUUCUUCGCAAGCAGUUCCAGAUCUACGAUGAGUCUGGCUACUUUAUCCCCUUUACCGAUGGUCUUGACCGCGCUCUGCGAUCUUCCUUCCCACUCUUACUGGUGGCCAUGUCGCUGUUGGCUACUUCCUUGGCCACCACGAAAGCCUUACCCCAGACUGACGAGACUCUCCACUGGCGGACGAAUUCCACCGAGACUCCAGUCGACUUCACCAAGAACGAUCUCUUGCUGGGAUCCCAAGACGCUUUCUUCUGGUUCCUGGUCCCAGUCUUUGGUCUUAUCAGUGUCGGAGUCUGCGUGCUCGUCAACUACCUCGCCCUUGCCCUCGUUAACAUCUUCUCAUGGGUGUACGGGGUUCUGCAUAGCAAAUCAGGCUAUAUCCGGCGUGAAGACCGCGGCAACCUGCCAAUAUUCAGUACCCCAACGCCUCGACGACGCAUCGUCCACACUGCCAUCCUCCUGGUUCUUGUCUCGACUGUUAUCCCAUACCAGUUUGCCUAUAUGGUCGCCUGUAUUGUGCAGCUGGCGACAUGUGUGCGGGCACAGUGGCAUGCCAAGGAAACCAGAUCCACCUCUCACCUCAACUUCGGUAACUAUGCACACUCGAUCUUGAUCUUGAUGCUGUGGAUCCUUCCUAUCAACGUGUUGGUUCUCCUGGUCUGGGCGCACAACCUCGUCGUGCACUGGUUUAUGCCCUUUUCAUCCCACCACAACGUCCUCUCUAUCAUGCCCUUCCUUAUCCUCGUAGAGACCAUGACUAGCGGCGCUAUGAUUCCGCGUAUCACAACCAGGUUCCGACACAUCACCUCCAUGAUCUUCUUCGCCAUCGCCAUAUACUCGGCGAUCUACGGCGUCUCCUACGCCUACCUCCUCCACCACCUCGCCAACCUCCUCGCAGCCUGGUUCGUCGGCAUCUACCUAUUCGGCAAUAACUUCUCCCCGCGCCGUCUCUGGCGCAUCAUCGAUGGCGACGAGCUUCCCUCGGAAUCAGGAAGCAGUCACGUUAAGAAGAAGCCAUGA